AUGGCUUCUCGGAAUCAGAAGCCACUGGCUGGACUGCUUAUCCCUACUGCUCCAAACUUUCCUCUCUCAUCACCGAUCACAGAAGAGGUUCCCAGCCCCAUCCCAUCAUCGCCGGACGACCACGAAUUGUGGCGGAAUCGCCCUUUCGCUCUCCUGAACAAAACAAUCAGCAAGAAUCCUUUCAUUCGGAAGGCGACUUUUGAUGAUCAAAUCCAAGGACAGGGUCAUACUGGCCGUCUCUCUGGUGCAGGUGAUAUCGUACAAGGAGUGGUGCAUGUGGAGCAAGGAGCUGAGCAGGGCUCAAGCAGAAGUCGCGGAUUGAACUUGGUCACAGAUUUCUCCAAACCAAGUACGACUGUACAGCACGAGGUGCCAGCACCAGUCUUCGUCGAUCUGAACGACCUCAAAGCCCUUUCGCAGGUACGAGAGCAAGAAAGAACUACGGACGGUACCUCAGGGACUGUGAAGUCGGUAGUGCCAGGGUCAUGUGCACCACAGUCUUUCGGGGUUGUCGAGCAGAAGACGAUAGGCAAGGACGAGCUGUCGCCUUCUGAUAGACAUAUUAUGAUCGGGGUUCGAAUGCCAUCCCAUGGAUCGAAGGACUCGCCUGAUCAAAGGCCAAGGGAAAGAGAUCGGAUGCGGUUUUCACAUACUCCACUUACACCUUCCAUUAUUGUGACUCCUGCCAAGGAAGAUACAUUUUGGGACGGAUUCGAGCCGGCUCAUCCCCGUCCCAGAGCGACAUCCAGCAUUUACUCUCAACCUACGCCAUACCCCGAUUAUGACGAUCAUGAUAUACCGCCAGUGCCGGCCAUCCCAGCCUUUCAUGUCCGUGCGGAUAAUGAGAAGGCCAGCCCCGAUUCCGCCUCUGUGAAAUCUAUAAUGUCUUCAAGAAAACAGCGUGCAUUUUCAACCGGAACUAUCUUUGAGGAAGACAGUCCCAAGACCAUAGGAAGACCAAGCUUGCUCUUAGUUGAGAAGGUGAAAAAGAUCCCGGAUCGACUGAGCAUCAACACCGAAGCUACCCGGCAGUCGCAAGGCUGGUGGACGUACCUCAUGUCCCCUCUCUUUCCCAAGACACCAGUCACCGCCGGAAGGCCUCCUGUGCCCAGUAUCGCAACCCACUCCUCUGGACUGACGGACGAGUGGUGGGAGAAGGAAGUCUCGUACUUUUCGCCCGAUACCCCGGAUGCCGUUACAAACCCGCUAGAUAACAUCAACUCGAGUCCACAAAACCCUGAUUCGGUUGAAGCUGAGCGCAAUAUGACAUCCUUUAUGUUUCCUGGCGAGCCAAUUCAGGGCUCUGCUGCAGAGUAUUAUCAGGCAUGUGCCCACGAACUGUUUAGCGGGCGUCCUUAUUUCGAAUGUGUUAAUCAUAUUUGUUCGAUCACCCCAAAAGCCAAGGUUGCGGCAAUGAUGACUGAAUCACCUGCGGUGAUCACUCAGGAGAAAGAUCUUCUUAUUGACGUGGAUGAUAUGCCUGAAAUUGAGAAACAACAUCCACCUGGACCCUCCGAUGCGGACACUGGUCUGCGUUCUGUUGAUGGGAUCUCCACUGUGGCUAAAAGCAGACAGAACCCUUUCCGUGAUUCCGAUGAACACAGCACUCUAAGCGGUCCUACAUUGACUGGGUAUCCUCAGAGUGAAUAUCCUUCCAGUGAGCAUCCUCCAAGCAAGGACGCUCCAAGCAAGGAUACACCAAUCUCGCAGCCAAUUCCCCAGCCAGCGCCUGCGGCGCCACCGACAGUGCAGAACUUUUACAAUCACCCCGCCGUGGUUCCUUCCGCCGUUCUUAUAGCUCCGCCGGAAAGAAGCUAUUCGCAGUACAUUCUACAGCCUGCAUCGAAUCCUGCUCCACAGCCGCAGCCUCCGGAGCCUGUGUCGCCUGCUUUUCAACGGAUGACAGAAAGAGGAUCAGUACCUUUGAGCGAAGUUCAGAACACACCGGCACCUGCCUAUACCUCUUACCACCACAGCUCUGGCAUCCUACCCCCACGCAUAGAUCCACACCCGCUUACACGGGAGGAGGUGGACUCAACCACGGAAAGACAGACAAUCGAAGCGAAAAGACGGAGGCUAGAGAAGGAAGACGCUGUUAGCCGGAAGUUAGGUGGAUGCUGGCGUGGUAGAGGCCCGGUUAGCAAGAAAGGCUGUUUUGGCAGGUCGGGACGAGAAGGAAGAGUUAAGCGUCGAUGGUACUUGGCGAUCUGCACUUCGUUCCUUAUAAUCGUCUUGCUCGCCCUCAUUCUUGCCUUGACACUGACCAGGCAGGGAAGUACAACGCCGGUGCAAUCCCAAUGGCUGAACCUUACCGGCUAUCCCCCCAUGCCAACUGGCAUUGCAACCAUCGCUGGGCCGAAUCUUUAUGAACGAGUCCCCGGCUGCAUUGCCCCAUCUUCACUCUGGAGUUGUGCCCUUCCGAAGGAGCAGCAGUCCGGUAACAAGCCGUACACGGCCGAUGAGCCAAACUUCCGCGUCGAAAUCGAAUUCCGCAAUGGAACCUAUCCGAACAGCACGACGAUCGCCUCACGAUCAUUAGUCUCUGGCCGCUCGUCUGGUACGGAUUCCUCACCAUCACCACCAAGCAUGAAGGACCAAACCUUUCUUGGGAACACCACGGACAAGAACAGCGCCCCCUACGCCGGCGAAGAGACGCCAUUCUUCAUGAGCUUUCUUUCGGCCUCCUCGACAUCUUCCUCUUCUUCCACUCGUCGACGACUCACUCGCAAGAGAGAUGACGCUUUUCCGGACCUCGACUCCCUCAUUCCCUCGCCUGACCUGAACUCUGACGGCACUGCCGCGGCCGCCGAGCUCUACCCCCUCUCGGAAUCGCAACCCAUUCGCCUCUACAACCGUGGGCAAGCCACGGAACACUAUGGAUUCUACACCUACUUCGACCGCUCCAUCUUCCUUUCUUCACUCGCUCCUCUUAAUGGCAGUGGUAUAGACGACGACGCGAACGACAGUGACGGCGGCUCAACAGAGGAGCAAGCCCGCGUGCGCUGCACCUGGGCGCAAACGCGCUUUCUUGUGCAGAUCUGGACUCGAACAACGGAUACAUUGUUGAAGCCGUCAUCAGUGUCCGCGUCCGCAUCCGCCACCCCGACUUCUUCCGCCUCGAGCGCUUCAUCCACCUCUACCUCCUCGUCCGCAACGGACUUCACCCGACCCGGUUCCUUCCCCUACCCUGUGACAAUCACCUUGGACCGGCACGGCGGCGACGCGAAGAAGAAAAUGGUGUACUGCUACGCGAUGAAGGCGGAUGAGAAGGUGAAUUCCACGCUGGUAAAGCUGCAGGUUGAGGAUCGGAGUUAUGGUGGUCAGUUGGUGAAUCCGGCGCCGGGAAUCUUCGACUUUGCGAGUAAUUCGUCUUCCUCUUCGGCCAAUGAGACGAGCUCGGUGUAUGGCGGGGUCGAUGGCGGUACGGGAGGGUGUUCGUGUCAGUGGGUGAAUUGGCUUUCGACAUCUUGA